CCCGCCCAACUCAAUUCUGACCUUUCGUUGUUGGGGUCACAAACUCUUCUUUUCCUCUCUUCCUGAAUUCUAAAAACGGUUCUCUUCCAAUGAACAGUCUCUGAUUCUGAAAUUUCUGCCGAAUCGAUAAAAUUUUUCUUCCAUCUGAAAUCCGCAAUUCUAACUUUUAUCUAUAGGUGGUAAGAACCAAUGUAAUGUUGUACGGACCGGGAACAAUUUCUGGACGAGAAUCAGCUGCUUAGGGUUUUCUGCCAAUCGAAGGUAUUGUCCUCGUGGUUGGCUCUCGGCUGUUCUUCUCCGUGGGAGGACUCUGGAGUCUAAAUCAUGCCGUCGAACCAUUUCCAGAACGGUAUUGAGAAGGCGAAGCAUGUCUGGUCUCGACUGCCAAGCUCGGAGGAAGCUGAAGAACAAGAUGGAGUGGAAUUAUCGAGGAAGCGUAAUGGCACCAACGUCGAGAGUCUCGAUUAUGAAGUCAUCGAGAAUUACGCCUAUAGGAAACAACAGGCGCAAAGGGGAAGGCUAUAUAUUGGAUGUUAUGUUGCGGUGAAAUGGUUCUUUGCAUUGCUCAUUGGAAUCGGCACUGGAUUAGCUGCUGUGUUCAUCAAUCUUGCUGUGGAGAACUUUGCUGGGUGGAAGUUUGCAGCAACAUUUUCUAUUAUACAAAGUUCAUACCUGGCAGGAUUUAUAGUAUACAUAUUAAUCAACUUGGCUUUAGUCUUUUCUUCUGUAUAUAUUGUCACACAAUUUGCCCCAGCAGCAGCAGGAUCUGGUAUUCCUGAAAUUAAGGGUUAUUUGAAUGGUAUUGAUACACAUGGUGUCCUUCUUUUUAGAACCUUGAUCGGAAAGAUAUUUGGAAGCAUUGGUUCAGUGGGAGGAGGCCUUGCCCUUGGCAAAGAAGGCCCUCUUGUUCAUACUGGUGCUUGUAUUGCUUCUCUUCUUGGACAAGGUGGAUCUACAAAGUAUCAUCUGAACUCAAGGUGGCUACAUAUGUUUAAAAGUGAUCGACAUCGGCGCGAUCUUGUAACCUGUGGAUGUGCAGCUGGAGUUGCUGCUGCAUUUAGAGCUCCAGUUGGUGGUGUAUUAUUUGCCCUAGAAGAGGUUACAUCUUGGUGGAGGAGCCAACUAAUGUGGCGUGUCUUUUUCACAUCUGCUGUUGUCGCUGUUGUGGUGCGCACUGCAAUGGGCUGGUGUAAAAGUGGAAAGUGUGGGCAUUUUGGUUCUGGUGGUUUUAUAAUCUGGGACAUAUCUGGUGGUCAAAAUGACUACUCAUUUGAGGAAUUAUUGCCAAUGGCUGUCAUUGGGGUUAUUGGAGGUCUUCUUGGGGCCUUAUUUAAUCAGCUGACUCUGUAUAUAACUUACUGGCGCCGUAAAUAUUUACACAAAAAGGGAAACAGAGUUAAGAUUAUUGAAGCAUGCCUUAUCUCUCUGAUAACCUCAACCAUCUCUUUUGGAUUGCCACUUCUAAGAAAAUGCAGUCCAUGCCCAAAAUUGGAAACUAAUUCUUCUAUAGAAUGCCCUCGUCCACCAGGAAUGUAUGGAAAUUAUGUGAAUUUUUACUGCAAAAGGGAUAGUGAAUACAAUGAUUUGGCAACUAUUUUUUUCAACACUCAGGAUGAUGCCAUACGCAAUUUAUUUAGUGCAAGGACAUUUCACGAGUACAGUGCACAAAGCCUUCUAACCUUUUUGGUUAUGUUUUAUACAUUGGCAGUGGUGACAUUUGGUACUGCUGUUCCGGCUGGUCAAUUUGUUCCCGAAAUAAUGAUAGGUUCAACAUAUGGACGGCUUGUGGGGAUGUUUGUGGUUAACUUUUACAAGAAGCUCAACAUUGAGGAGGGAACGUAUGCCCUACUUGGUGCUGCUUCUUUCCUUGGAGGUUCCAUGAGGAUGACAGUAUCUCUUUGUGUCAUUAUGGUUGAAAUUACAAAUAAUUUGAAAUUUCUACCUCUUAUCAUGCUUGUUCUUCUUAUAUCAAAGGCUGUGGGUGAUGCCUUCAAUGAAGGUUUGUAUGAAAUGCAAGCCCGCUUGAGGGGCAUUCCAUUACUUGAGUCAAAACCGAAAUACCACAUGCGGAAAAUGAAAGCAAAAGAAGCCUGCAGGAAUCAAAAGGUUGUCUACUUCCCUCGUGUUGUUAAAGUUGCAGAUGCAGUUUCCAUUUUGCGUAACAGCAAGCAUAAUGGGUUCCCUGUGGUAGAUCAAACAAAGAGCGGAGAGGCACUUGUAAUUGGACUUAUACUUCGUAGUUACCUAUUGGUGCUUCUUCAGUCUAAAGUAGAUUUCCAGCACAGCCAUUUGCCUUGUGCACUGAGAAGUGGAUCCAUACCAAUCAGGCACAACAUCACUGAAUUUGCAAAACCUGUCUCCAGUAAAGGGAUAUCCAUGGAUGAUAUUUUUCUUGGUCCAGAUGAUCUGGAGAUGUACAUAGAUCUUGCCCCUUUCCUGAACCCCUCUCCAUACAUUGUUCCUGAAGAUAUGUCUUUGGCAAAGGUGUAUUAUCUUUUUCGUCAACUAGGAUUGAGGCACAUAUUUGUUGUCCCUCGUGCUUCUCAUGUUGUUGGCUUGAUUACUAGGAAAGAUUUGUUAGUUGAGGAAAAUGAGGAUCCUAGUACAGUGGAGCUCUGGUCAACUAUUAUAAGAGCUCGUCAACAUGAUAAAAGAGUGAACAGAAGAAGAUCAGAAGUAGAGAAUCCACUUCUUGAUGGUCUUCUUGUCCAAGAGUGAGUAAUGAAGAAACAUUGUUGUCCUACCUUUCUUGAGGCUUAAUUCUUUCAAACUACCUCCAUACUAACUUUCCUAGGUUUAGCAGUCAUUUUAUGUGCAUUGUGUGCUCCUCCUUAACACAAAGGAGCUUAUAAACUGUACUUAUCUAAUUCUUGCAUUUUAUUAAUUUAGAUAUAGAUAUAAUAGUCAAAUAGGUCUUAAGGAACUAGGCACAAAAAUGUUGUUUUAAGGUCUGUGGUUUUGCUAUUUGUUCAUGGAGACACCUAGAGCGAGUUUUUUUCCCCUUCUUUGGGGAAGGAGGUGAGGGGGUUUUACUGUAUCAUUUUUUAUUGUAUCAAUACUCUCCACAAUUUAUCAUUAUUUUCUUAUUAGAAAGUUUGACUAUUUGAAAUUUUGUA